AUGGCUACAGCUAAUUUACAAGUGGGGGCAAGAUGCGAGAUUAAUGGAAGCUGGGGUGUCAUACGUUUUAUAGGAGUUACAAGCUUCUCUUCUGGCAAAUGGGUUGGCGUCGAGUUGGAUGAACCGAAGGGGAAGAACGACGGUUCAGUCAAGGGCAAAAAAUACUUUGAAUGUAAAGAAAAACACGGAGUGUUUGUAAGGCCUUCACAAUUAAAAACUAUUGUCGGACCAAACAGCCCCACUCAAGAUCGUUCGAGAACCCCCCAAAACGAUUCAACACAGUUUGCGCCUGCACACGAUCCGCAGGCGGCUACUGCAAGAUCACGUCUUCGAUCGUCUUCGAUAAUAUCUAAUAGCGGCAUUCCUAGCAGAAUAAACACAGCAGGAACGCCUCGAUCGCCUCGAGGGACGCCUUCCCCAACAGGCUCUAGGGCAAAUGUUCGUACUCCAAGUAGCCCUACAUUUGCAAAGAGACAACGGUUGCCAUCAGAAGUUACUAAUAUUGAUAUGAAGAGGAUGAGCAUACUGAGUUUGAGUGAGCUCGAUGAUGGCGGCGAGGAUGAUGCGGAUUUGAUGGACGAUACUAUUGACGAGGUCAAAGAAGACAUGGCCACAGAAGAGUUAUUACCAAAGGCAGAAAUUUACACAACCGCAACAGAAACAACAGCGAGUAGUUCGUCUGAUCCAUUUUCAUUACAAGAGUCAACUCAUACGCGUGAGCAGAUGGUAUCACUCAAAGAUUAUGAAGAACUCCGAUUGAAAUUAAAAAUACUGGAAAAUAAGAGGGCGGAGGACCGUGAGAAAAUGCGAGAAACCGAGAAGAUGAGGCAAGAAGCCGAACAAUUUCUCAGUGUAAAACCGAAACUUCAAGGUUUGCUCACGCAAGUUACAGUUUUAAUGUUAUCAUUUGACCAACCCAGUAAUCUAAAGACUUUUUACCUCAUAGUCAAGUUGACUGACAUGCAGGCAGAGAUGCGUGAUUUGAGGAGGCAGCUUAAAGAAGCUAUCUCAGAGAAAGAGAUUUUCGAAGCUAGGUAUAAUGAGGUCUCUGAAAAUAUGGAAAUGAUGACAUUGGAUAAGGAAGUAGCUGAAGAGAGAGUGGAGAACUUGCAACAUGAAGUUAUCCAGUUAAAAGAAAAGAUUGAGGAGAUCAGCGUUGACUUGAAUGUCUUUAAACAAGAAGGCAGGCAGAAACUCUUUCAUCAAGGAGAUGGAAGUGAUGCUCGACCAGCCGUUGAGGUUCGCCAGCUUGAACUGCAGAACGCACGAUUAAAGGAGGCUCUUGUGAGACUGCGUGAUGUUACAAGUGAACAAGAGGCCGAAUUGCAGAAGAAGCUAAAGGCUGCAGAAAAAGAGCUUACCUCAUUACAGGACAUACAAGUGCAAUGUGAUCAGCUAAAACAACAGUUGAGAACUGCUGAUAGUCAUAUCGAAGACUUAAAAUUGCAACUGGAUGAUGCACUCGGGGCCGAAGACAUGGUCGAGAGACUCACUGAGAAGAAUUUGGCUAUGGGAGAGAAACUUGAAGAAAUGAAAGCAACAAUAGAAGAUCUCGAGGCUCUCAAGGAACUCGCUGAUGAGCUCGAAGAAAGUCAUAUUGAGAACGAGAAACAAUUGCAAGCAGAGAUUGAUCAUAAGGAUAUACAAAUUCGUGAUUUCGUGAAACGUCUUGAGAUAGCAGACGAGACAAAUGCAGACUAUGAAAAUACUAUCAAUCAAUUCCGUGAGCUUGUAGCGAAUCUUCAAAGUGAUCUUGAACAAAUGCGGCAACGAGAAGCGAGUCAUUCCUCAGAGUCGAACGAUUUCAGCAGUCGGUCACAAGCCAUGCUUAAUUUGAACUAUCAGUUGCAAUCAACUGUGAUGAAGGCGCAAGCUAAGCAAAUUGAUUUGGAGUUACGUAAGCUUGAUGCUACUCAAGCUUCAGACAAUUUAGCAUACGUUCAAUCGUACCUUCCUGAUUCUUUCUUUACGAAUGAUAACGACUCGAUAAGAUGCCUUCUGUUGAUGAAGCGUCUUGUGUUCAAAUCCGAGCUAGUAAUUAAGCAGCUCGAUCAAAUCCACAAUAUUCCUGAGAAAUUGAACUCCACUGUGCCCGAAGAACUCAUAUCCGUCUGCGAGAUGAGACAGAAGCUUGCUUGGUUUGCGGACCUGAGUAAACGAUUUGUCUCAUUUAUAAAUUGUUGUAAUGUUGAGACUUUCCUGAAAAUGGGUCAAGUAUAUCAGGAUCUAGUUGGAACGGAGCGUAGGCUAAAUCAUAUCGUCGAGCUUUUACGGAAAGAAGAAUUGAAGGAAAACGACUACAUCGGCGACGUACAGAAAUCUAUUGUUCAGUUAGAGCAUCUCGCAGAGCUUUACCUAUCUAGUACAAGGGUGGAUGAAGGUGACAAAUUCUAUGGAUUUGCUAGGGCCAUCGACUUGAAUGCAGAUACCAUUUCUGUAACACUCGGUCAUAUAAAGCAAGCAGUUGCGCUUGCUUGUAAAGAUGAAGAAAUUACCGUCACGGAUGGAAGCGAACUAUUUACCAAUGACUUCUUCCAGCCUGUGCAAAGCUUAUUCUCUCAAGCGAAAAGUAGUAAGGUAGUCGCGAGGAAACUAUUACGACGCUUAGAUGACUUGAAUGGACAAGAUCUUACUUUGAAACCGGAUCUACUUUCGCAAUUUAAGAGCUGUUACUUGUUGAGCGCUAAAAUUUCCAACUUUUGGCAGGAGGUGAGGAAAGGCAUUUCCGUAUACAUAAAUGAAAGGAAAGGCUCAAAAGAAGUCUUGCAACUCAGUGGCUUGCACCAUGUCGUCUACAAAGCGACAGAAGAUAUUCUUGGCGUGAACGAAAUGCAGAUAUGGGAAGGCUGCACAAAACUGAUACAGGAGUUAUUCCAAGACGUGGGUAAUCUUAACAAUACUGCCAGUGAUAAUGACCGAACCGAACCAAUCAGCAAGGGUGAAUCGCCAUGGGUCAUAAGAGCCAAGAACAUCAAGGCGGAAGUCGCAGUAAAUGUGGAUAUGGAGCGUAAACUUCAGCAAGCUGCAGAGGAAAUUCGUGAACUGUUCAAAGAACUAAAAUUAAAGGAUCAAAGCUUACAGGAGAACCAGAUUAAAAUAGAUCUUCUUGAGAAGCGGAUGGAGACGGCUAAGAAACAGGCUGAUUUAAUCGCUGAACUGGAAGAACAACUUACCGAGACGCGGAAGCAACAGAACCUUUUCGAAAAGACUAUGGAGAGUCUUCAUGCGGACAUCGACUCUCUGGAACAGGAAAAUAGACAGUUCAAAAGCCUUGCGAAGACUUUGGAAGAGACUGGACGUCAGAACUCGCCCGUCAAUCAAAACUUUGCUAUUCCGGACGACGAAGAAAUUGAAGAAACUACAAUGCCCACUGAUACUAAUCCAAUUGAGACUCAACGUCUUGCAAGUCAGAUCGAAUCUCUGAAGUUUGCUGUUCGUUAUUUGCGGGCAGAGAAUGCUCACUUGAAAGGAAAAGAUGCGAUGACUGUAUUGAAUCUGCACCUUCUUCCUAACAAAUCAAAGGACGCGCGCAACGACGAUUUAGUCAAGUCCAUGGCUACGGAAGCGAAAACAUUACUCAAGGAUUUCCGUUCUGUUAGCGCAUCCCCACGUAUUAUUGAUUUGAGCAAGACGACAACAGCUCAUAAAGGGUGGCAGCCUAGAAAAAACAUGCCAGAAUAUCAUUUUCAUGCCCAACGGUCAACCAUGUAUACCUUGCAAAAACGUAGCGAUGAAUUGAAAUCAAAAAUGCAACAAUUAGGGAAGCUGAAAAAGGUUAAGACGUCGAAGGGUCAUAUUGGGUUCGAGCCCCCAUUUGUCGGUCGUAUCCAAGUUCCACUUCCCGAAUCUUCCAUUCCCACCGAAAUGGCUAUCUCAAGAGGUACUCUCCGACAUAACAUUAAGUUGCAGAAUGCAGCUGAUUAUGAAAAAAUACAUACGAUUUUUGUAAACUAA